UUGGCUGCUUAUAGGGAGGGAGCAAGUGAUGCAGGAAUAUGCCCAUAAUGUAGCUACAUUCAAUGACUAAAAGGGGGAAGCACAAAGAAAUAGGGUGCUUUAGUCCGAGACGGUCUUUCCAUUAUUUUCAAAGAGCAAACGCAACUCAAAAUGGACUCAAAAACAAACUCUGGUUACUAGCUUAUAACACAUUUAUUUCGCUAAGGCGGAAUAGAAUUCGACAUUGAUGUGGAAGUUUUUUUGUAAGCAGUCCGCUAGUAAGCUAGCAAUCUGAGUUAACGGGACGAGUUCUCUUCAGUUCGUUUCUAGACGUGUUUUAGCUAAUUUAUUUAACUACUUAAUUUAUACUGGCAUUACUGGAAUGAUGUCCAUCCAAAUUCAACACAAUAUGUUUUCCCAAAAAGCAUUGCUGGUGUCAAGGUCACAAUGAUGGAACAGAAGUGAAAGACAAUGCCAUCUGAAGGAGUGUCUGGUUUUUAAAUUUGCCGAUUGAAGAGCGACAGAUCUGGCACAGGCCUGAGGGUAUGUUGAGACGUCUUGCCAGGGCAGAGCAGAGGUGUCUAGGUGGUUUGGACGGGGACUGACGGUGAGGAGGAAAGACAGACGAGGGACCAGGGAGGAAGACAUGGGCCAGUGUGUCACCAAGUGUAAGCAUCCGUCGUCCUCACUCGGCAGUAAGAGUGGAGACAAGGAGAGCAGUUCAAAGCCCCACAAGAAGAGUGGCAGUGCUGGUAGUGGGGGUCACAAAGAAGAGCCUAAUGCCCCAUGUAGCAAAGCCAUUAGUGAGUUGUCGAAUGGCACCAAGCCCUCAGAGGUUACAGUGGAGACACCCAUCAUCUCACCAGUUAUAGGGGAGUCUAACAAAGACUUUCUGGAUGGAGAUGGGCUGUCAAUGCUGCGCAUCGAGGAGCUGUUCUGCUACUACAAGGAUGAACAGGAGGAUGCUAUCUUGGAGGAAGGCAUGGAGAGGUUUUGUAACGAUCUGUGUGUGGAUCCAGCAGAGUUUCGUGUGCUUGUUCUUGCCUGGAAGUUUCAAGCCGCCACAAUGUGCAAGUUUACAAGGAGGGAGUUUGUUGAGGGCUGCAAGGCAAUCCAGGCAGACAGUAUCGAGGGUAUCUGUUCACGUUUUCCCCGCAUGCUGAUUGAGGCCCAGGGUGAAGAGAACUUCAAGGACCUUUACCGCUUCACUUUUCAGUUUGGCCUGGAUGCUGAGGAGGGCCAGCGCUCACUGCAACGAGAAAUUGCCAUUGCCCUUUGGCGUUUGGUUUUCACACAGGAUACACCUGAGAUCCUGGAUCGCUGGCUGGACUUCCUAGCUGAGAACCCCUCAAGCAUUCGGGGCAUCUCAAGGGACACGUGGAACAUGUUCCUCAAUUUCACCCAGACUAUUGGGCCUGACCUCACCAACUACAGCGAGGAUGAGGCCUGGCCCAGCCUCUUUGACACCUUUGUAGAGUGGGAGUUGGAGCGCAGAAAAAAAGAGGGAGAACAGGUACUGAUGGCAAAAGAGGACGAAGGGAGGUGUACUGAAACAGAGUCUUCUCCCACUACAGAUAGACUUGAAACAGAGGGAAGCUGAGGCUCACAGAUGCGGGGAGCCCACUGACCAGAAAACAUGAAAUAUUUGAAAGGGAGGCAAAGAUAAUACCUAUAAGUGAAUUGUACAUCUGUGAAAAAUUGGAUGAAGAUUAGUAUUACCAUUUCAGCUGUUCAUUUAGCUGUCCUUUUUUGUUGGGAUUGGGUUUCAGGUUUCCUUUUUUUUUUUUUUUUUUUUUGCUGUUUUUGAAAGGGCUCUAAGAAAUAUUUUAAGCACUUCUAUUUAAGUUAUUGUUUUACCAUUUUCAUCCUCCCCUGUUUUUAGUAAUUGGACAUGUGACCCAUUUUAAUGUGUCCCUACCUACUAUUGUCCAGCAGCAUGGUGUUAAAAGUGGACAAAAGAACCAUUCCCCACAAUUUUACAGUUUAGACCUAGUAACACAUGAUUUGAAUUACCAGCUUAUAAAUUGUACGAGAAAUUUCUUUUUAAUACAGAAGAAGGGAAGUUUUUGCAGCCUGCCUGCAAAUAAUUUUGUACUACAAAACAUGAAAUUUAACACAAGGAUCAGUGAAAUGAUCUGGACUGGACUAAUGUAGUUGUAUUGAAUGGUUAUAUCUUGCAGUGCUGUGAGGAUGAAUUGGAUACAUUUGUGUUAUUUUGGCCUACAAUUACACUUUAUUUAACAAAAGUUAAUAAUUUGGUAAGGGCAUUUUAUAUUUCAAAAUAAUGCAAAUUACAGUUACAUUUGCACAUUGCAUUUUUUCAUGCUCGUUUUAAACCCAAGUUGGUUUCCGUGGUAACCCAACCCCCCUCCUUCCUUCUUCUUUGGGUGUUUUGAGUGCUACUUGUGCAGUGAGCAGCUUAGUUUGGUGAAGCAGCUGCUGUGCUCCUUUUUGACCUCUAGCAUCUACCAUAUUGAUGUCCACUUACUUUCAAUAGAUAAUUAUGUGUAUGCAACUGAAUGACAUUGGCUUUUCUCAGCUGCCUCUUGAUGUCACUUAAGGAAUUCUCUAUCGCAACAAAUAAACUAAGGCUAUCUCUUGGUUAGCCCUGACAGUGAAUGCCUAAACCUGCAUUACAUUCAGGACCAUUAGACUGCGUGCCUCACAAAGCUUAUAUUGUACUAUAUUGCAGGAGCUGAAGUUAUAACAUAUACAAGAAAAAAAAGUGUGCAAUUCACAAAAAUGUUGACUUCUGCUGGUAAUGGAUGUAAUAAAUUGCACAGAAACCAAUGGCAUGCUAAUUUGCUGUACUUGGAAUACUUUGCAGAGAGAUUGAUGUUAACGACAUAAUAACCAUUCGAAACGUUUUCCAAAUUUUUAAUCAGUUUAUGUUAUGGUGUUUUGGAAUGAGUGUUAAAUUGACCUGCUGGUGAAUCAAGAGAUUGUAAUAAGGGUUUAGUAUAAUAGGGUGGCCAUUACCUAAUUUUUUUUGGUUUACAUCUACGAUGGUUUUAUUUCACCCCAUUUAAUCUUUUUUUUAUAUGAAAUGUACUGAUUUAUAAUAAAUAAAAACAGUGUUGACGUUUGGA